CACCUUCGGCAAUUUCCGUCGACAUUUAAACUUCGCCCUCGGACGAGGAGAGGAGGCAAGAUGGCGGCUGCCCCUCUGUACUGUGUGUGCCGGCAGCCUUACGAUCUCAAUCGCUUUAUGAUCGAAUGUGACAUUUGUAAGGACUGGUUUCAUGGCAGCUGUGUGCAGGUGGAGGAGCAUCAUGCUGCUGAUAUCGACGUCUAUCACUGUCCUAAUUGUCAUCCCAUCCACGGACCCUCCCUCAUGAAGAAGAGGAAUAACUGGCACAGACAUGAUUACACAGAGGAGGAUGAUGGGAGACGACCGGUUCAGGCAGGAACAGCAGUGUUUAUACAGCAGCUGCAGGCCAGGAGCUUCCCCAGUGCUGAUGAGCUGGUGGUGCAGAUGCAGGGAAGUCAUGUGACACCGCAUUACCUGGAGACUGAGGGCUUCUAUUACCCCAUCAUAGUGCAGGACAAGGAGGGUCUGGGGCUCAGACUGCCCCCACUAUCCUUCUCUGUCAGAGAUGUCCAGCACUACGUCGGAGGAGACAAAGUGAUCGAUGUGAUUGACGUGGCCAGACAAGCAGACAGCAAGAUGAAGCUGAGCGAGUUCGUCAAGUAUUAUUAUCAACCUGAACGUCCCAAAGUGCUCAACCUCAUCAGCCUGGAGUUCUCUGAUACCAAGAUGGCUGAGCUGGUGGAGGUGCCAGAUAUCGCUCGUGAGAUGUCGUGGGUGGAGAAGUACUGGCCAGACGACUCCAUCUUCCCCAAGCCUUUUGUGCAGAAGUACUGCCUGAUGGGGGUGAAGAACAGCUACACUGACUUCCACAUAGACUUCGGAGGAACCUCCGUGUGGUACCACGUCCUCUGGGGAGAGAAGAUUUUCUACCUGAUCGAACCGACCAAGACCAACCUCGCGCUCUACGAGUCGUGGAGCUCGUCGGCCAAUCAGAGCGAAGUGUUCUUUGGAGAGAAAGUGGAGAAGUGCUACAAGUGUGUAGUGAAGCAGGGCACCACCGUACUGCUCCCUACAGGUUGGAUCCACGCAGUUCUCACGUCUCAGGACUGCAUGGCCUUCGGGGGAAACUUCUUACACAACCUGAACAUCGGCAUGCAGCUCAAAUGUUACGAGAUGGAGCGGAGACUGAAGACUCCAGAUCUGUUUAAGUUUCCGUAUUUCGAGGCCAUUAGCUGGUACGUGGCCAAGAACCUGCUGAGGACACUGAAAGAGCUGCGAGACGAGGAGCGUCAGCCUCAGGAGUAUCUGGUAGAAGGAGUAAAAGCUUUAAUCUCUGCCCUAAAAACCUGGCUGAGGAGGGAGUUAACGGCACCAAACAGCGAGAUUCCAGACCACAUCCGGCCGAGCCUCCUGAUCAAGGAGCUGAGCAGAGAGAUCCGUCACCUGGAGGGGCAGGAGGAGGAUCCGAGUAAACCGGUGAAAUCUCAGGGAAGCGUAGAAAGUGCAUCCGCUCGCUCCUCGCUCGAGAGACGACAUCACGCGCAACGGGUCACUCAACGACUUAAACCCCACCUCCAUCAUCAUCAUCAUCAUCAUCAUCAUCUUCAGCAACAGCAUGAGCAUGAACAACAUCACCACGAGCCCAAACUCCGAUCAAACCUGGACAUCCUGGAGCUGCAUACACGGGAAGUGCUGAAGAGGCUGGAGGUCGGCCCUCUGGAGGAGCAGGACUCCGACGUGAGCUCCAAGGUGAACGCGAAGUUUAAGAAGGUUGUCCAGCCUUCUACUGUAGCAGUCGAUGGUAACCAUGACAACGCACUGCGGCUUGUGCUGUGUAACGGCAGGAUCGUGUGCGAGAGGCUGCGUCUCGGGAACAGAGCUCUGAAAGACGAGAUAUCGCCAUGCCAACAGCAUCAAGUUAGACCGGAAAAGCCAUCGUCAUGCCAACCAGAGAUAGUGAAAGUGGAGGCAGGUCAGGUCACUCGUCAUGAACUCAGGAUAAAGCUGACAAAACUCUCACGGUUGCAGAAGGAAGAGGAGGAUGAGGGGGAAGAGGAGCAGGACAGUUCAGAUUCAGGGAGCUCUGAGGAUGAAGAGGAGUGUGAAAUGCCUAAGAUGAGAAACUCAGGGAGUCAACAUCACAAACCACUCAAAAGGGAGCGUCCCUCCUCCCCCAGCAGGGUGCCAGAGGGGGGCGCUGUGCCUCAGGAGGUGUGGGGCAGUAGCAGUGCAGUGUGUGUCAGCAGUAACACAAGUGCAGUAGAGGAGUGUUUAUACACGGAGAGUUCACUCUCUCAUGCACUCCAUCCAUCAAAACGACACACACACAACUCCAGCCCCAUCAGCAACCAGGCCACUAAAGGAAAACGUCCGAAGAAAGGCAACGCGACGUCCAAGCAGAGGCUGAGCAAGCUGAUGAAGAUGAGCACACACACUCGCCUGCUGUUAUAACACAAAAGCAACACACAUCUCACUACCUAACACACACACACACACACACACACACGUACCUUGCAUGUUUAAGCUACAAGGUAUGUAGGAAUGGCACUAGCACGCUGAAGAUAGCACACAUGCUCUGGGAAAUUAAGUGAUGAUUUAAUACACAAAUACAUUUUUAAAAUGUAUUUAACAUGAAAGAAAGAAAGAAAGAAAGAAAGAAAGAAAGAGAGAGAAGCAGUGCAGGGAAAUCUGUGAUGGACUUAGCCAAAUGUUUCAGGAAGUGUUGUGUUUGAGUUAUUUAACUAGGUCCAGUGUUUCCACACUAACACACCCAUUUAAUCACUUCGCAUUACUGCAAUAUUAAUGAGUUUAUCUGUGACUUUUUUUUUUUUUUUAGAUGAAAACAUCUAAGACUCAUAAAACACGUCAUGAUACUUUAUUUAAUAGUAAUUCUGAAAAUCUCCCAAGAUUUAAAGUGUUCCCUGAAUUUGACCUUGAACCUGUGACGUCACUCGAGCAGUUCGGCUUCGAAGAAUCUGAAAAAAAGUGAGGGUGUGUUAGAGACACGCUGGUAUUAGAACACAGCCGGAGUGUUUUAUCUGUUCAGCUCUCAAUCUACACUUUGUACAAUUCACUCAUCUUUUUUUUCCCUCUCCUACCUCCACAUGGAACCUGUAGCAGAAGCAGACGCAUGUGUGUGUGUGUGUGUGUGUGUGUGUGUGUAUGUGUGUGUGUGUAUGCGUGUUUCUUGGGCAGCUUUAGUACGUUUUAUUUCUGUAAAGUUUUCACCCUUGCGUCUCAUUUCUCUACGUAACGUAGAUCACUACCUUCUUCCUGUCGGCUGCGGCGUAAACACCGGGGCUGGUCGCCAUGGAAACGAUGCUGUCCCGGUGUAGUUCAGGGUCAUUUAUAAUCUGUGUGAAAGUUUUUAAAUGGUGCUGAAAGCAAUAAUUGUACAGUGUUUGAUUAGUUGGUUUAUCGGUUGAUAUUUUUUUAAUUUUUUAUUUUAAUUUUAAGCGUAUUUAAACAUGUGAGAUGGAGAUCUGUAGCCUUGGAGUAUUUUCUCUCCUUUACACGUGAUUUGUUUCAUUUUAUUCAUUUCUUGUCUACUUCAGUGUUUUGGUGGUAGCCGACGCACUGGAAGAAAUUUGUAGCAAAAUUACAAAAUGCCGAAUUGGUGGUUUUUUUUUUUUUGGGGCGUUUCCCAGUCGUUCUGCUGCUGAUGAUGUUCACUAGGUCCAGUCUUAGCUUCACCUGGUCUCAUCAUCAGACAUCGGUGUCUUUAAAUCUCAUUAAACUGUCUGUUAAAGUAUCAGAACAAAUCACACUCGGUUAUUAACACGCGUCACGUUUCUGUGUAAAGUCAUCGCAGAACCACAAAAGCAGCUCGUUUAAUCCCACACGUAAUGUUACGUAGCAGAAAGUCCACCGAUCGCAUUUAUUUUUAUUUAUUUAUUUAUUUUCUCUCUCUUUUCCUCAUAUAGACACGAACCUACUCUGCGUUAGUUAUCCCGAGCCUCGUCUCUCUGAGCCCCAGACUUCGCUCGGGUUUGUGGUGAAUUACAGAGCAGUCGUUUAAAUCACCAUGACGACGUGUUACUCGAUCAACACUACUGAUUCCUGAGGUUCGCUUCACAGCAGCAUUAACCGAUUAAAAACACUUAGGUUUUUUAAGUGUUUUUUACUUUGUGACCGGUUUUCGAGGCUCAUGAUGUCGCUCUAAUAAAUUAUUUUAUUAAUUUUAUUCACUGGAAUAUUUGAGAUUCUGUUCAUGUCUGACGUUCAUUUUUCUGGAGUAUUAAAACCUCUCGUAAAAGCGAGAGAAAGGCGAAAAGGACGAGGGGCAGAAGAAAAGCAUCCGACUAUUCAUUAAAAAAUAUUACGAAAGGAAAAGUAAACAAAUUGAACAAACUGUUAGUGUGAUUUGGGAAACGCCCACUCUUUUAAUUCUACCGUCACAUUUACAUCAUAAAUCUGAACUCGUUCAUUUAUUUACGCUACUUUUUUUUUUUUUUUUUAACCCCCACCUCAAAUUAAAAGGAGGAAAUGAAGCACAAUGUUUUUGUGACACUGGUGUUUAAAUGUACAGUGAUGAUGUGGAGAGAAUCUGAAUCUGCCUUCAGGAUGAUGUGAGCGUGUUUAAAGCUCAGGGAGAAAUAACGCCGACGUGUUCAUCCUGCUUUGUGUGUGUGUGUGUGUGUGUGUGUGUAUUAUCUGUGUUUCCUGUAAUUCUUUAUUAACUUAUUCAUUUCUAAGCGAUGAGGAACGAUCUGUGCUUCCUGCUCCUGGGUGUUGAUCGAUUUUAUUAUUAUUUUGGAUUUCUUUCUCUCUUUCAUUCACAUUUUCUGUAAAUAUUUGAACUGAAUAUUUGUUUGCUUUUUUUGUAAUUGAACGAUGAAUCAUUUGUACUAGUUUUUGUAGUAACGAUGGUGACGAUAGCGUGGUUGAAUCCGACGAGCUGGUGAAGAAUCGAAGCCGGAGAUACAAGAAUGAAGCCGGUGGUGAUUUUUUUUUUCCCACAUCAAAGAAAUAAAAGAAAAAGAACCGUG